UGAAAAGCUAAUGCAGCGAUGCGCAGAUGUUUAGUACGGUGUUAUACUCUCGCCUAGCCGGUUCAAUUAUCGCUGAUUGUGCGCUACGUUCUGUCGCAACGAGAUGAGUUUACGUUGUUUGUUAGUUUGUAUGGUGAUAUGGAUUCAUUCCACUUCGGCUGGUUACAUUCAGGAGAACGAAGUUGGGCAAUAUGAACCAACAUGGGAAAGUUUGGACUCGCGUCCCCUUCCGCAGUGGUACGACGAUGCAAAGGUUGGAAUAUUCUUGCACUGGGGUGUGUAUGCGGUACCCAGUUAUGGAUCGGAGUGGUUCUGGAUCAAUUGGCAAGGAAGCAAAUACGAAAACUAUGUGGAGUUCAUGACGAAGAACUUCAAACCGGGCUUCACGUAUCAGGAUUUUGCAAGCGAUUUCACCGCUGAGCUGUUCAACGCAACUGAAUGGGCCCUGCUCUUUGCCAAAUCUGGUGCUCGGUACGUAGUCCUUACCAGCAAACAUCACGAAGGGUUCACCUUGUGGCCGUCCAAGUACACCUUCAGUUGGAACUCGUUAGACGUGGGACCUCAUCGUGACAUCUUGGGGGAACUUUCGACUGCGAUCAGGAACAAUACCAAGCUUACUUUUGGAGUUUACUAUUCGCUGUUUGAGUGGUUCAAUCGACUCUAUGAGGAUGAUAAACUUCACGUUUUCCUCAAACAUGACUACGUAGACUUCAAGGUGUGGCCUGAGUUGAAGGAGUUAAUUACCAAAUACAAACCGGAGGUCCUAUGGAGCGAUGGCGAUUGGGAAGCCCCUGAUGGCUACUGGAAGGCCAAGGAGUUCUUCACGUGGUUGUACAACGAAUCGCCAGUCAGGGACACCAUCGUUACAAACGACCGGUGGGGCAUCGGAACCCUUUGCCUUCAUGGCGAUUUCCGUACUUGCCACGACCGUUAUAAUCCAGGUGUCCUCCAACCGCACAAGUGGGAGAAUGCAUUGACAAUUGAUAAGAAAAGCUGGGGUCAUCGGCAAGAUGCUAGGCUGGAAGAUUUUAUGACUUCUGAAGAGUUGAUUGCGGAGAUUGCCUCGACGGUAAGCUGCGGUGGUAACAUUUUGAUCAAUGUUGGUCCCACGAAGUAUGGAACGAUUGAUGCGAUUUUCGAAGAGCGGUUGACGCACAUGGGACGUUGGUUGAAAACCAAUGGAGAAGCCAUCUACAAGAGCCGACCGUGGACGUAUCAGAACGAUACCGCAACACCGAAUGUCUGGUACACUUCAAAGACGUUGAAAACGGUGGAUGAAGGUGUGAAUUUUACCAACGUGUAUGCUAUUGUACUGAACUACCCGUUCAAAACCAAUAGUGUUGUUUUGGGUGCACUAGAUAAACAUUAUGCAAAAAUUGUUCAAAUCACUAUGCUUGGAUUCAACACCAGCCUUAAGUGGAAACCGAUGGAGACAGGAAUUCAAGUGGAAUUCCCGCCCAAAAACGAAAUAGACCGACUGCAGCUACAUCUUGCAUGGACUUUGAAAAUUGUUCUCUCGACUUAGUGUGGACGUCGUUUCUGAUGGGAGAUAUUUGCGCUGUUUAACGAAGGGACGUAUGAUUUUGUUCCAUUUUAGGUUUCCUCGGAAAAUAAUUUGAAUUAAAUGACUUAAAUUAGUAA